GACACGGAGAAAGCAAAGCAGUAUGAAUGAAGCUCUGAAAAAAGACCAGGGAAAUCCUAAGUUGUAUUUGCAACUGUUAGAUCUGGAGUUCCAAUCCAAUUUUCAAAAUGAAGAGGCUGUCCUGGCUUUGUUUGAGAGAAUAUUGAACAACAAAAAUGUAUCGAUUGAUUCAAAGGUUUUGUUCUCUCAAAGAAAACUGGAAUAUUUGGAAGAUUUUGGCAGCGACGUGACCAAGUUACUUGCUGCAUACGAAGACCACCAAAAAUUAAUCAAACAGCAUGGUGGAAAAAAAAGACCUCAUGGUGGAGAUGG